GUCACGCUUGGCGCAGUUCACCGACGAAUUCAACGUUCGGAGGCCACCUUUCCAUCUGAGCGACUACUGUAUGGAGACAUUCUUGGAAAAAUGUGUUCGAAACCCCGCAUUUCCACACUCGUAAAACUCGCUUUUGUUGGUAUUAGCCGGUUGAUGUAUGACUGCGUACUUUGUGACACCUUCAUUCGAGAGGCGUAGAAAUCUUUCGACAGGAAAAAUGUGAACCGGACCAAUAUGGCGGCGAUGUACGCGCGCGAGCGUGCCGGCGACGAGGCGCAUAAAUGUGCGUGUCGCCCCCUAGUGAUCAAUAGCCAUCGCCCAGUGCGGCGUCGGCUCGUCGACAGCGUCGAUGGACAAACAAAGUUGACUUGACGACACAAUUGGCAGCCGCUGAAGUCGAACAAGCGGAGGCGGGUGGAGCCUCUCGGCCUCUCCAUGGAGGAAACGAAGGCGGAGCUCUCCGACAGCCCCGCCCUCUCUUUGCGCUCCUCCCCCUCUACGCCGUCCUCGGCCACGCCCCCGCUGGGCGUCAUCAGCGAGGCGGCGGGCGACGGGGCGGGGCUGCUGAUCGACUCGGCGGCGGCGGAGAGGGCGUGUCGGGAGGUCCUCCACAAGCUCAAGCUGAGACACGCCGACCCCGCCCCCGACGGCGACGGGCCGUCCCCGGGGGCCCGCGCCGCGGCGAAGCCGGACAAGGAAGAGGACGGCUCGGCGAAGGGCCCUCGCCGGCGCCAGCGCCCCAACCCGGCGUCCAAGCAGUCGUGGCUCCUGCGCCUCUUUGAGUCCAAACUGUUUGACGUUUCCAUGGCGAUCUCCUAUCUGCACAACUCCAAGGAGCCCGGCGUGCAGGCCUACAUCGGCAACCGGCUCUUCAGCUUCCCGCACGACGAAGUCGACUUCUUCUUGCCGCAGCUCCUCAACAUGUACGUACACAUGGACGAGCACGUGGGCGACGCCAUCAAACCUUACGUGGUGCAUCGCUGCAGGCAGAGCAUCUCGUUCAGUCUUCAGUGCGCGUGGCUGCUGGCGGCGUACUCGUCGGACAUGCACAUUUCCACACAGCGCCACUCUCGAGGCGCCAAGCUGCGCAAGCUCAUCCUCUCCGACCAACUCAAGCCGGCCGCCGCCCGGGUCCGUCGGGACGCGCUGACGCUGACGCCGUUCUGCGCCGCUUCGCCCCCCGGUCCCGCACCGCCGGGUGCCGAGCACGGCCUCUCGCCCUCCAAACGCACUCACCAGCGCUCCAAGUCGGACGCCGCCGCCGCCGUCAGCCUCAGCAGCAACCUGAAGAGGACGGCCAGCAACCCCAAGGUGGAGAGCGGCCACGACGAGCCGCUGCGCCUGGCGCCGCAGCGAGAGUUCAUCAAGUCUCUGAUGGGCAUCGGCAAACGUUUGGCGACGCUGCCCACCAAAGAGCAGAAGACGCAGCGCCUCAUCUCCGAGCUGUCGCUGCUCAACCACAAGUUGCCCGCCCGCGUCUGGCUGCCCACCGCCGCCUUCGAGCACCACGUGGUGCGCGUGCCGCACACCCAGGCCGUGGUGCUCAACUCCAAAGACAAGGCGCCCUACCUCAUCUACGUGGAGGUUUUAGAGGUGGACAACUUCGAGACGUCCAGCGUGCCGACGCGAAUCCCCGAGAACCGCAUCAGGAGCACGCGCUCCGUGGAGCACCUCCCCGACUGCGGCAUGACCACGGAGCAGCGCGCCGGAAGCUUCUCCACGGUGCCCAACUACGACAACGACGACGAGGCCUGGUCGGUGGACGACAUCGGCGAGCUGCAAGUGGAGCUUCCGGAAGUCCACGCGAGCUGCGACAACAUCAGUCAGUUCUCCGUGGACAGCGUCAGUAGCCUGGAGAGCAAAGAACCAGUCUUCAUCGCGGCGGGAGACAUCAGGCGGCGUCUGUCGGAGCAGCUGGCGCAGACCCCCACAGCUUUCAAACGGGACCCCGAGGACCCGUCGGCCGUGGCCCUCAAGGAGCCGUGGGAGGAGAAAGUCCGGAGGAUCCGGGAAGGCUCCCCUUACGGCCACAUGCCCACGUGGCGCCUGCUGUCCGUCAUCGUCAAAUGUGGCGACGACCUCCGUCAGGAGCUGCUGGCCUUCCAAGUGCUGCGCCAACUGAAGUCCAUCUGGGAGGCGGAGCGGGUUCCGCUGUGGAUCAAGCCCUACAAGAUCCUGGUCCUGUCCUCGGACAGCGGCAUGAUCGAGCCGGUGGUGAACGCCGUGUCGCUGCAUCAGGUGAAGAAGCACAGCCAGCUGUCUCUGCUGGACUACUUCCUGCAGGAGCACGGCACGCCCACCACCGAAGCCUUCCUGUCGGCCCAGCGCAACUUUGUGCAGAGCUGCGCCGGCUACAGCCUCAUCUGCUACCUGCUGCAGGUCAAGGACAGGCACAACGGCAACAUCCUGCUGGACGCUCGCGGACACAUCAUCCACAUCGACUUCGGCUUCAUCCUGUCCAGCUCCCCCAAGAACUUGGGCUUUGAGACGUCGGCCUUCAAACUGACGGCGGAGUUUGUCGAGGUGAUGGGCGGUCCCGAUGGUGACAUGUUCAACUACUACAAGAUGUUGAUGCUUCAGGGCCUGAUCGCCGCAAGGAAGCACAUGGAUCGUGUGCUUCAGAUCGUGGAGAUCAUGCAACAAGGUGGGCACACGCCGAGUGCGCUAACGCUAACGUGUCCCGCGAGCUCCGUGGGCCGACGCUACGUGUGUGUGUGUGUGCGCGCGCGCGCCCGCGCGACAGGCUCGCAGCUGCCUUGCUUUCACGGUUCCAGCACCAUGCGAGGCCUGAAGGAACGCUUCCACAUGAGCCUGACCGAGGAGCAGCUGCAGGUUCUGGUGGAGCAGAUGGUGGUCGGCUCCAUGCGCUCGCUCACCACCAAACUCUACGACGGAUUCCAGUACUUCACCAACGGCAUCAUGUGACGUGAAAAGCACAUUCCGGCAGGACGACGACGACGACGACGAUGCAAACCGUGACGAUGGUCACGGUUUGCAUUCUCAGGUUUUUUUCCCCCCAUCGGCGUGUCGGACGGCGUUCCCAAGAGAAACGUUCCGUGUAACAUUCCCGACUUGUUUAGUGAGUUUCGGCGUCCUCGUUCUUUGUUCACUUCUCCCGUUUUGUUUUUGUUCAGCGCGACCCGUCGCCACUAAUAGGACACGCCCGCUCGAUACCGGCAGAUGUCAAAUGAAGUCAGGUGACAAUUCAGCGGCCUUUCGAAACGUGGACCCACCAAAAUAAAGGUCUGACGGGAGGUUCCGCUUGAAACGGUCUCUGCCUGCAAAACGAGGAGAAUAAUCUGGAAACUGAUUCCCGUCAGGCCCCCUCCCCUCCCCCCC